GUGCCGGUCACCGGUGGAGCAACCAGGAGUGUACUGUGGAAAUUUCCGCUGGAAACAGUCAUCAGUAGCUACAAUGGUGCUGUGUACAGAGGACGUGCUACUACUAGCUCUUCUUAUCAAGAAGAGAAGGAAAAGAGUUAGGAGGUUUCGGAGGCAUCCUAUGCUGAUGACCAGACAUAGUAAAGGACUGUACUAUAUGUUAUUUGACGAUCUUUGUGCAAGUGGAAGUAAGUUUUUAAAUUAUUUUCGAAUGUCAAAACCUUCGUUUGAUGAACUGCUGGGACACAUCAAAGAUGAUAUCACUGUGCCAGAAACCCCUCUAAACAAAAGCAUCCCUGCAGAAGAAAAAUUGGCUCUCACAUUGAGAUACUUUGCUACUGGAACAUCAAUGACCGAUCUGCACUUUCAGUACAGAAUAAGCCAGCCUACGAUAUCUGUGAUUGUACGCCAAGUUUGCAAAGCUAUUUGGAACAGAAUGAGACAAAUCUGCUUUCCUACAUUGACAGAAGAAUACUGGCUGAAAACUGCUGCCGAGUUUUAUGAGAAGACGAAUUUCCCUCAUUGUUUGGGAGCGAUUGACGGCAAACAUAUUCGAGUCGUAAAACCGGAAAAAAGUGGAUCUCUCUACUUUAACUACAAGAACUACUUUUCCUUAAUACUGCUUGCUAUGUGUGACGCAUCAUAUAAAUUCAUUUUUAUAGACGUUGGUGCGUAUGGAAAGUCAUCCGAUUCAACUGUGUUUAAGGAGAGUGUUUUUUUUAAAACGCUAACUGGAAACAAGAUGAACAUCCCCCCUCCACAACAAUCAUUCACAGGUUUACCAGAAACUAUGCCACUGUGUUCGUCGGGGACGAAGCAUUUGGCCUUUCAAAGAACUUACUCCGACCUUAUGCAGGAAAAAUGCUCAACGUAAAGAAAAGAGUGUUCAACUAUCGUCUAUGCAGAGCGCGUAGGAACAUUGAGUGUUCAUUUGGCAUACUUGCUAACAAGUGGCGAAUCUUUCACCGGCCCCUAAAUGUCCAUUUGAGUUUGUGUGAAGACAUUGUUAAAGUCUGUUGUUUGCUCCACAACUUCGUCAGGGAAAGAGACGGGUUUAAAAUAGAAGAUACUCUGACAGUUGAAGGCUUGUUCGACCUAGACGCUUCAAGGGAGCAGCCCACAAAGAAGGCUACAAAACUGAGGGAUAAGUUUGCUGACUACUUCAUGAGUGAAAACGGUGCAGUUUCAUGGCAAAUGAACCGUAUUUAAUUGUAUAAAGCUUUAAAGUAUGAACAGAAAAUGGUUUUUAAAAAUGCUUUGAUUGUACAUAAUGUCUGGACAUGGUUAUUAAACAAAUACUGCUAAACACAUCAUGAAAUUUUCAUUAAACCCCGUAGGCUUAGUGAUGUGGGCCGGGUAAAUACUCAGCGGGUAGGUACUUAUAAAUUGGGUAUUUACCCUCACUUUUAAAUACAUGGGUAUUUUACAUCACUACGUAGGCUAGUUCACUUAGUUAAUGAAACAAGAUAUCACUUACACAUUACGUUUUUCUCUGUCAUGGGCCUUUCUUCAAAAUCAGCUAUGAAUAUCGUCAGCAAUUUACUCCAGGCGUUCAGCUUCUCGGUUUUAUCAGAAUAUAACUCCAAUCUGCUGUCCCAUAUUACCGGAAGUUUCUCCACCUCACAAAUUAGGUCUUCGGUGUUAAUUUUACUAUCCACAAAUUUCGUCAGUUCUUUUACCGAGUCAUCAGAUUUAUUCUGCCGUUUUUUCUUUUUUUCGCCAUCCCCUUGUUCAACAGGAACACUUUGUUCAUCUCGGACACGUUUGCUACUGUGGGCAGCCUCAC